AAGCAACUGGACUUGCUGGGUGGAGUUGGGUUUUUCAACUCACAUAAUUAGGGUCUGUAACCAGAUACUUACCUGUAAUUAGAAGAAUCUGUAUUGAUCAUAUCUCUUUUCCUCAAUGAUUGGUACUUGCAUUAUCCAAGGCUAGAGACUCCAGUCUUAAAGAAUAGAAUAGAGUUUAUUUGCCAUUUGCACAGAUACAUUACAGGAUUAGUGGAAUUCUUGUGCAGUCAAGCUUACUAAAAUUUAAAAGGAAAAAACUGGCAUAGAUGACAGAAUCUAAUACAAUUAAAUACUGAAAUACAAAAGUUAGAAUUAUAUGCGCAAAAUAAUAUAUAUUAUGUACCAUAAUGUGAAUAGUGGUGAAUCUUUUUGGGGGAGAGACAUUAAGAUUGCUGUAUAUUGAUGGCAGAUUAUAUCUCAGUUGGCCUCCUCUUCCAAAGCAUCUGUCUUCCAGGUGCACUGGAAGUGUGUACUGUGUAUGUGAACUGCUGAAUCAUGGCCUGAAGAGCUGGCUCUACUGUGUUGACUUUAUGAAUGGGUUGUUUUGUUUCGACAGUUCUCAAGUCUACAAUUUCUUACUACACUGAACUACGUUGCUCUGCUACAGCCUCUGGGUCUUGUGUUUUGGGGGGACAAGCUUCUCCUUCAGGGUGAGAUUGGGGAUUGCGAGGUCCAGUUUUCCUUGGUUCGGCUUUGUUUUGUUCGGAUAUUAAAGGGGACGUGUAUAUGUGCAAACAUGGUGCGCAAACAAAAGGUGCAGAAUAAAUUCAAAAGAGAUCCUUAUUGAAACAAUUGGUGGUGACGUCACCACCCAGCAGCCCCCUAAUAAUAUUAAUGAGUCUUUAUCAAGAAUAAAAGACGCAACGAUCGUGGAAAUAGUAGUACAGUAUAACAAUAAGACCCGAGGUGCGUGUAAUCAUCGCGGGUCAAGGGCUAGCGGAGUGACCACCAUCCGCCGAAUAUGUGGGGAACGUUCCGGUGUUUUGUGUCAUUUUAAUUGUUCACUCCUUCUUUUCGUCUGCGUGGAUUCAGUCGGGAGAGUGAACCCUGCAGCAAACCAAGCGAGGCCACAGCAACAUAUGUACACAUAUCUCCAGCUCGGUUAUGAAAACGGACUAAGUGUUCGCCCCCUCUCCUUCGAGCAGCCCACUCACUGUUCACGGGGGUAGCUGAUAGAAGAAGAUGACCCUUUUCUCUUCGUUUGAGGAGGCUCUGCUGCUGCCGCUGCGUGGGGGAGUGGGUUACAUCCUGUGGCGUUUCCUGUGUUUGUAAACUAGACGGCACUGAAAACGUCGGGCGAGUGAAGCAGAAAGUUUUAAUGCUAGAUGAGUGAGGUGGGUGUGGCUUCCCACCAGCCCGACCAUCCUGACUGACGGAUCUCUGGAUGACCUUGUCCCCACCCCUGUCCCUGCGCUCACAUAUACCACAGCAAUGUCACAUCUGCCCAGCAGCUCAGUCCGCGACCAUAUGAAAUGGGCGGGGCUGCUUGGCUGCGAGGCUGUCCUCUCCAGCAUGGCGCUGAUGCAGGCCAGCUCCAUGGCCGCUCCGCCCAAAAAAAUGAUGGCUCCACUUGGCCAUGGACCGCCGCAGAGAGACGGACCUGACCGUGCUCCCCAGAGUCAUAUGAUCCUCCCAUCUGGAAUGAGCUGUCCACCUCUGCUCAUCCGGAAGGAAGGUGAAUUCCAGGCUCCCCGCCUGCUGGAUGAGAAAGAGAUGAGGGCCAAUGAGGACAUGCAGCAGAAAAAAAAGAACAGGAAAUCAGUAACGCCCUGCAAAGUGAGAGAACAAGAAGGAAGGGGGGGGAAGGGCACAGGUGGAGAUGAGAAUGGUCCAUCAUCCAAAGUGCAGAAAAACUUUAUUUGCGAUCACUGUUAUGGAGCAUUUAGGAGCGGCUACCACCUGAAGAGACAUAUCCUCAUUCACACAGGGGAGAAGCCGUAUGCUUGUGCCGUAUGUGACAUGAGGUUUAUUCAGCGUUACCACCUGGAGAGACACAGCCUCAUUCACACGGGGGUGAAGCCAUACGCUUGUUCCAUGUGUGACAUGAGGUUUUUCCAGCGUUACCACCUGGAGAGACACAGACUCACUCAUACGGGGGUGAAGCCGUACGCUUGCUCCAUGUGUGACAUGAGGUUCUUCCAACGUUACCAUCUGGCAAGACACAGCCUCACUCAUACUGGGGUGAAGCCAUACGCUUGCUCCAUGUGUGAUAUGAGAUUUUUCCAGCGUUACCACUUGGCAAGACACAGCCUCACUCACACGGGGGUGAAGCCAUAUGCUUGCUCCAUGUGUGACAUGAGAUUUUUCCAGAGAUACCACCUGGCAAGACACACUCUCACUCAUACGGGGGUGAAGCCAUACGCUUGCUCCAUGUGUGACAUGAGGUUCUUCCAGCGUUACCAUUUGGCAAGACACAGCCUCACUCAUACUGGGGUGAAGCCAUAUGCUUGUACCAUGUGUGACAUGAGGUUUAUACAACGUUACCAACUGGAGAGACACAGUCUAACUCAUACAGGGGUGAAGCCGUACGCUUGCACCAUGUGUGACAAGAGGUUUUUUCAGCGCUACCACCUGGCGAGACACAGCCUCACUCAUAUGGGUGUGAAACCUUAUGCUUGCACCAUGUGUGACAUGAAGUUUUUUCAGCGUUACCACCUGGCGAGACACAGCCUCACUCAUACUGGUGUGAAACCUUAUGCUUGCACCAUGUGUGACAAGAGGUUUUUUCAGCGCUACCACCUGGCGAGACACAGCCUCACUCAUAUGGGUGUGAAACCUUUUGCUUGCACCAUGUGUGACAUGAGGUUUGUUCAGCGUUACCACCUGGCAAGACACAGCCUCACUCAUACGGGUGUGAAACCUUAUGCUUGCACCAUGUGUGACAAGAGGUUUUUUCAGCGCUACCACCUGGCGAGACACAGCCUCACUCAUAUGGGUGUGAAACCUUUUGCUUGCACCAUGUGUGACAUGAGGUUUGUUCAGCGUUACCACCUGGCAAGACACAGCCUCACUCAUACGGGGGUGAAGCCGUAUGCUUGUUCCAUGUGUGACAUGAGGUUUAUUCAGCGUAACCACCUGGAGAGACACAGCCUCACUCAUACGGGAGAGAAGCCAUUUGCAUGUGACAUGUGUGAUAUGAGGUUUAUUCAGCGCUACCACCUUGAGCGACACAAGCGUGUCCAUAGUGGAGAGAAGCCUUACCAGUGCGAGCGGUGCCAGCAGAACUUUUCACGCACAGACCGGCUUUUGCGGCAUCGGCGGUUGUGCCAGGGUCGCAGCGUAGCCAAAGUAGAGAACCAGCCAUGCUGCGAACCACGCCCAUAUCCCCAGGAACCUCCGCCCGCACCCCCAACCUGGAGCCCCCUGCAUCCACCCCCGGGUCGGCUUGCGGUCUGACAUUCCUGCUUCCCCGGACCCACAACAUCGGCAGAGACGGGACAAGCCACAGGGUUUCUUCUUCUUCUCAGUUCUGCGCAGAGUGGCACCACACUCUAGCACAGACUGAUCUCGCAGCUCCAGUCUUGGAAUUAACAAUGACAGCGGGACAUUUGUGUUUUUUUUGGUUGUUGUUGUUUUUGUUUUUUGUCAACUUUUUACUGUCCUUUUUUUCCUCCGUUUUUUUCUUUUUUUUUUCUUUUUUUUUAAUUUUAUUUUUAAAACACCAGACUUUUCUGUGAUGAACAGUGCUCCUGUUUUGUACUUAAACUAUUUGAUUUUUUUGCAGAAAAAAAAAGUUUUUAUUGAUGUUCAAAAAUAUUGGCAUCUGGUGGUACUCGGGGUGGGGAGAGCACUGGGUAAAGUUUACUCUGACUUUUUGAUGACAGACGGGAUGAAGUGGUGAAGAAAAUUUUUUGAGUUUUUUUCCAGUUUUUUUUUUUUCUCAUGUGGCCCAUUUUGACAAAGGCUUCGUCACUUAGGACAAAGUUACUAAAACUGAACUUUCCCUCUAGGUAAAGGGAAGACACUGCUUUGUGGACAUCUCAUUUAUGGAUCAGACUUUGCUUACUGUUGCAGCCAAGACGUUUAAAAAGCAUUGUCUAUAUGAAUAUAAUCCAAGACGUGAUUUAUCAGCGCAGAAGGCUCAGUUUUAUUCAUUACUUUGUGUAAAUAAUUGAAAAUGUUUAUUAUUAUUUCACUAUGGGGGCUGGAGUGGUGUGUGUUUUUUUUACAAUGAACAAAAUGGGCCACAAAGAAACUGAGUCUGUUACCACUGGUCCACUGUGUCAAGUCCUGAGGAAAACCUGAGUAACCUUGUGAGCGUCAUGAAAAAAAAAAAAAACUAAAUGCCAGUAGGUGUAAAACCAGGACUAUAAAAGGAACGGCAAGAAGAUGAGCUGCAGGUGAUCGAGGAGUCGGGGUCGCUGGAUUGUCACGUAUUUUAUCUCUUGUUGUGUCGUGUGUGACAUGCUGACGACUCAGGAAAAGGAACAUGGCGGCAGCCUUGGCAAGCGCUCCUCCUCCCACGUGUGCUGAGAGUACGUGCUAAUGUACGUUCAGCUGUAAAUACACGGAGAGUCUCUCCUGCCCCCCCCCCCCUCUUUCUCCCCCUCAUUGAUGCAGGCUGGCCACUACAAGUCCCAUUAUUCUGUUUGUACAGAUUUGUGAGAUUAGCCAGAGGGGUAUACAAAAAUCUUGUGGCCUUAGUACGUAUCUUUUUCUUUCUUUCUUUUCUUUCUUUUUUUGUUUUUUAAUUAUCUGCCUUUUUUCUCAACUGUUUAAUAUUGUGGAUCAGAUGUAUUUGCUAGCCUUUCAUCAACACCAUGUUUAUUUUCUACCCUAAAGCUGUCAUGGUUACUGAAUGUCGACGGCUUCAGUGGCGCUAAAAACCGACUAAUGUGUUAUUCUGUCCAGAGAGUCGUCUUUUAUGAUAUUGAAUAUUUUUGGGUCAUUGUUACUGAUAACAGUGUAACACGGUAUAUAAUCGUAAAGGAGCCCCCCUCCACCCCAUCCCACCCUUGGAGUUUUGACAGUCCUUGUGAGAAGUCAGUAGUGCUAAAUAGUUUUUCCCACUGCAGUUCUUUGGCCUCGGCAGAAUCCACUCUGCUGCACACUAACAAUUGCCUUUUCAUCCAAAUAUUACGUGGUCGGUGUUUAAUAAUGGAUGUCUGUCAUGUCAUUGGGUUUAGCCUUAAGUAAGUUGCGGAAACACAAAUAAUCAUUGUAGUACUAAACGCUCAUGUAACAAACGAUCCCUUUUCAACUGCGAUGUUGGAAGUCUUUGAGGCAGCAAACCGGAGGCCGAUGAGGCAGCCUCCUCGCUGCUCACUGGAAGAAUUUCUCAAACUUGAUCCUUUCUGUUGAUUGGUGAGCGGGUGGUCACGUGGUCCCUGUGUUGUUCACCCAAGAAAUGUCAGAGCUGGGUAGGUGGAUUGUUCCGCUGAGGACGGAGGUAGUCUCACGGGAUCAUUCUUAGAAGAUGGUCUGGAUAAAAUAAACUUAGAGCUGGAGACUGAAUUGUAGGCGGCAGAGAUGUUUGCGUUCAGUACAAAUAAGAAGCAAAUUUCUGAGUUAAGUUUUAUUUACCAAAAGUAUUUUUAGUUUUAGUUUUUAAAUGGUCCAAUGAUGUCAAGGCAAAGUUGUGGGAUGUGUUGAAGUGUGCACAAAGUUGCAAAUAGUUUUUUAAAUGAUAAGUUAAAGUAAAAAAUCCUUUGGCAGUGACAGGGGCCAAGUUUGAGAAAUGCAAUAAUUUGUUGUGGAAACACUAUUCCACCUGUCUGUGGAAGGGAUCAUGCCGGUGCGAGCACAUACUGAAAGAGGCUGAAGGGCAAUACAGUAUAUAGUGGAUGUCACUUGUUAAUACCUUUUUGUCAUUCUUAUUGUUUUUAGUAUCAUUGUUAAAAUGCAAUAGAGUUUUGUUUUGUUUUUUUUCAUUAUUUUUCAGACAGGUCAAAUGGUUACUGUCUGGGAGUUUCUCAUCACAUUUUAUUAAUUGUUUCAAGGACCUUUUUUAUUCUGAUGAAAUUGUAAACACUGGAGUGAAAGGAAAAGGACAAAAAAAUAUUUUUCCUUCCAACUGUACUAGAUUUUAGGUUUUAGACAAAGCCUAUUUCUCCUCAACUCGACAUGGAAGGCAGACAGAACAAUUUGGAUCAGUACAGUUCAGAGCCCAGUAUGUUUCGGUGAUUUUGACAUUAGAGGCAGUAGUGCCACAAGGAAAUGUUUUUUUUUCUUUCUUAUACAAAGUCCCUGGUAUUUGUAGUAAAUUAUAUUGAUAAUGGUAUUAGAUGAACAACAGCAUAACAGUAGCUAUCACAGAUUAGUUGUUUUCUUUAUUAGUCUUGCAUGCAGAGUUAUGGUCCUCAGUUAAAAUAGGAUCUUGAUAUUGAUUAUUUUGUGUAGGAAAAUGAGUGCAUAAGAAUAACUUCCUAAAAAAAUGUUACAAUGAUUAUUGUAAAAUGGGCUAACUAAUAUGUACCCUCGUGAUCCAAUUAGUUUCAACUGUAUGAAAAUCAGAGGAGAGGCUUCUUACUAUUAUGCUGAAAUAAUAAAAGACUUUGUAAAGGA